AUGGUCCAGGAUCAACAAAAGCAGCAGCACGAGGACCUGUCCGCUAAGAAGCUGCGGCUGACCAAGCCCAGCAAGUCAGCGGCGCUCCAUGUCGACCUGUGCAAAGCCACCUCACCCGCAGAUGCCUUGCAGUACCUGCUCCAGUUUGCCAGGAAACCCGUGGAAGUGGAGAGCGUGGAAGGGGUUGUUCGGAUCCUGCUGGAGCAUUAUUACAAGGAGAACGAUGCCUCUGUAAGAUUGAAGAUUGCUUCCUUGCUGGGCUUGUUAUCGAAGACUGCAGGAUUUUCCCCAGAUUGCAUUAUGGAUGAUGCCAUUAACACGCUUCAAAAUGAGAAGUCUCACCAAGUCCUUGCUCAGCUGUUGGACACCCUGUUGGUGAUCGGCACAAAACUCACAGAGAAUCCGUCUGUCAGGAUGAGGCUGGUAGAGGUAGCCUGCAAGCAUCUGACGGAUUCUUCCCAUGGUGUAAGAAAUAAGUGUCUUCAGUUAAUUGGGUGUCUUGGACCAGUGGAAAAAGGUGCUGCAAAAGAAGUUGAAAGCCAGGCUGCCAAAGAUGUCCAGAAGAUAAUAGGAGAUCAUUUUAAUGACCAGGACCCUCGUGUCAGGACAGCAGCUAUAAAAGCCAUGCUGCAGCUUCAUGAAAGGGGAUUAAAAUUACAGCAGGCUAUUUACAGUCAGGCCUGCAAGCUGUUGGCAGAUGAUUAUGAGCAAGUGCGCAGUGCUGCGGUGCAGCUAAUUUGGGUCCUCAGUCAACUCUACCCUGAAAGCAUCGUCCCGAUUCCUUCUUCUAAUGAAGAAAUUCGCUUGGUUGAUGAUGCAUUUGGAAAAAUUUGUCAUAUGGUUAGCGAUGGUUCCUGGGUUGUUAGAGUACAAGCUGCUAAGUUAUUGGGUUCUAUGCAACAGGUUAGCUCCCAUUUCUUAGAGCAGACCCUUGACAAGAAACUCAUGUCAGAUCUGAGGAGGAAGCGCACUGCACAUGAACGAGCCAAAGAACUCUACAGCUCUGGGGAGUUUUCAAGUGGCAGAAAGUGGGGAGAUGAUGCUCCCAAAGAAGAAAUAGAUACAGGUGCUGUAAACUUGAUUGAAUCGGGAGCUUGUGGGGCUUUUGUUCAUGGCCUGGAAGACGAGAUGUAUGAGGUUCGGAUUGCUGCGGUUGAAGCCCUCUGUAUGUUGGCUCAGUCCUCGCCUUCUUUUGCGGAGAAAUGCCUGGAUUUUUUGGUUGACAUGUUUAAUGAUGAAAUUGAGGAGGUGAGAUUGCAGUCAAUACACACAAUGAGAAAAAUUUCCAACAACAUCACGCUGCGGGAAGACCAGCUGGAUACUGUGUUAGCCGUCUUGGAGGAUUCUUCAAGGGACAUUCGGGAAGCGCUUCAUGAACUGUUGUGUUGCACCAAUGUCUCAACUAAAGAAGGCAUCCAUCUUGCACUGGUGGAGCUGCUGAAAAACCUGACUAAGUAUCCCACAGACAGAGAAUCCAUAUGGAAAUGCUUGAAGUUCUUGGGAAGCAGGCAUCCCACUUUGGUGCUUCCAUUAGUCCCAGAGUUGCUGAGCACACAUCCGUUCUUUGACACUCCAGAACCAGACAUGGAUGACCCAGCCUACAUUGCUGUUCUGGUUCUGAUUUUUAAUGCCGCUAAAAGUUGCCCAACGAUGCCUGCCCUGUUCUCUGAUCAUACGUUCAGACAUUACGCCUAUCUUCGGGACAGUCUCUCUCAUCUGGUCCCUCCGUUAAGAUUGCCAGGUAGGAAGCUGGUGUCCUCCCCUGUCUCUCCCAGCAUCACACCACAUGAAGAUCCUUCCCAGCAGUUCCUGCAUCAGAGCCUGGAGAGGGUUUACAACCUUCAGCACCUUGACCCGCAGGGCAUACAGGAGCUGCUGGAAUUUACCAUCCGUGAUCUUCAGAGGCUUGGAGAACUGCAGUCAGAACUGGCAGGGAUGGCAGAUUUCACUGCAACUUACCUUCGGUGUCAGCUGCUCCUCAUCAAGGCCUUGCAGGAGAAGCUGUGGAACGUGGCAGCUCCUCUGUACCUGAAACAGAACGCGUUAGCAUCUGCUGCAGCGAAACAGAUCUUGGAAGAAACGUAUAAAAUGGAGUUCAUGUACAGCGGCGUGGAAAGCAGACAAGUGGUCAUUAUUCACCACAUGAGACUGCAGGCGAAGGCGUUACAGCUUAUAGUGACUGCGCGUACCACUAGAGGAGUGGAACCCCUUUUUGGGAUGUGUGAAAAAUUCCUACAAGAAGUGGAUUCCUUUCAGAGAUGUUUCAUCUCUGAGCUCCCACAUAUGCAAGGCAGUUUUGUCGAUAAAUUGCUGGACUUAAUGCCCAGACUCGUGACAUCCAAGCCUUCAGAAGUGGUCAAGAUUCUUCAGACAACACUGCGACAAAGUACCUUCCUCCACCUUCCUCUUCCAGAGCAGCUCCAUAAAGCUACUGCAAAUAUCAUUGAGCCUACCGGUGAAUCUGAUAAUCCUCUGAGGUUUACAUCGGGGCUGGUAGUGGCACUGGAUGUUGAUGCAACUCUGGAACAUGUGCAGGAUCCCCAGGGAACCGUUAAAGUUCAGGUAUUGUAUCCAGAUGGACAAGCACAGCUAAUCCAUCCCAAACCAGCUGACUUUCGAAAUCCUGGUCCCGGAAGGCACAGGCUGAUAACUCAGGUUUACCUCUCACACACAGCCUGGACAGAGCCAUGUCAGAUUGAAGUGCGGUUGCUGCUGGCCUACAAUUCCAACAGGAGCAAGGCAUCUGCUAAAAUUCCUAAAUCUACCUGGAGCGAGAGCUUGGAGGCUCUCCCGCAAUCCGAGAACGGCAUAGAGGGGACCAUACCCUUCAGCAAACCUGUCAAAGUUUAUAUAAUGCCCAAACCUGCCAGACGGUGAAGUCUAUCGCUAAAAGAAAUAUAUUUAUGGGAUUGUUGGGUUAGAUGAAAGAAAUAUACUGUGUUCCAAGAUAGUGAACCAAA